GGUGGACGUUCUCACUGUUUUGCUUUUGGCCAGAAUUGAAGCUUGGCGCCGAGUAGCAGUGUCCCCUGACCGGUGGCUCAGCCAGGCAGCCAUUGUAAGUAAGGAAAUAUAGAAAAGAGUGUUGAAACAUGGUGCAAAACUGCAAAUAUGGAAAGGCGGCUGAAACCAUACAUAUAAAUCUCGCCCGAAUCAUGAUAAUCCCUAACGGCCAAGCGAACAUUUUGAAUCACUGAAAUUAAAAUUAGCAGUGUAAUUGAAUUAACAGGAGAAAAAUAAAAUACCCCAAUUUCGAGGGAAAUGGAAAAUCAGGGAAAGGAAUUGCCAGCGAAAGAAUACGAAGACGAAGCAGAUAUAUACGACGGAAUCAGAGCUCACUUCCCUCUCACUUUCGGUAAACAAUCCAAAUCCCAAACAUCCCUCGAAGUUAUCCACAACUCCACCCGUCGCCCCACCGCCACCGUCAUCAAAAACACCGACAAAUCCAAUUCUUUCCCAUCUCUGUCCUCCUCCUCUAAAGAAUGGCUCAACUCUCUCCGCACUUCCAAAGACCCUAACCCUAGCCCUGCAAUUCCACUUCCUCCUUCCGCUUCCAAUGCUAACGUCAGCAUCGGACAUCCUCGUCCUCCGCUGCUACCACCAUCGGAUGAUGAUGAUGAUGAUGAUGAUGAUGGUAGUGAGGUUAUGGUCGGGCCACCGCGUCCUCCUCCACCUGCUGCUGCUGCUGCUGAUGAUGAUGAUGGCGAAAGCGUUAUGAUCGGACCGCCACUUCCUCCGCCGACACAGAAUUCAGAUUCGGAGGAAGACGAUGAAGAGGAGGAUGAGGAGAAUCGAUAUCGGAUUCCAAUGAGUAAUGAGAUUGUGCUAAAAGGCCAUACAAAGAUUGUGUCAGCACUUGCAAUUGAUCACACUGGGUCUAGAGUUCUUUCGGGUAGUUAUGACUAUUCAGUAAGAAUGUAUGAUUUUCAAGGCAUGAAUUCGCGUCUCCAGUCCUUUAGACAGCUUGAACCAUUUGAAGGUCAUCAAGUUCGUACUUUAAGUUGGAGUCCAACUGCUGACCGCUUUUUGUGUAUCACAGGUUCUGCCCAGGCUAAGAUAUAUGACCGAGACGGACUCACACUAGGUGAGUUUGUGAAAGGGGAUAUGUAUAUCCGUGAUUUGAAGAAUACUAAGGGGCACAUUUCUGGUUUGACUUGUGGAGAAUGGCAUCCUAAGAGUAAGGAGACUGUUCUAACAUCGUCGGAGGAUGGAUCUCUGCGGAUUUGGGAUGUAAAUGAUUUCAAAAGUCAAAAGCAGGUCAUCAAACCAAAGCUUGCUAGGCCUGGAAGAAUUCCAGUUACCACAUGUGCUUGGGAUCGCGAAGGAAAAUGCAUUGCUGGUGGCAUUGGAGAUGGUUCUAUACAGAUAUGGAACCUGAAGCCUGGAUGGGGAAGCAGGCCAGAUGUGCAUGUUGAGAAAGCUCAUUCUGAUGAUAUUACUGGACUUAAAUUUUCUAGUGAUGGACGAAUUCUUCUUUCGAGAAGCUUUGAUGGUUCAUUGAAGGUUUGGGAUUUGCGGAAAUUGAAAGACUCUCUUCAGGCUUUUGAGGAUCUCCCAAAUAACUAUGCUCAAACAAAUAUUGCAUUUAGUCCUGAUGAGCAGCUCUUCUUUACUGGAACAUCUGUUGAACGAGAGAGCACAGUUGGAGGAUUGUUGUGCUUUUAUGAUUCGGAAAAACUUGAACUUGUUUCCAGGGUUGGUAUCUCCCCAACUUGUACUGUUGUGCAGUGUGCUUGGCACCCGAAACUGAAUCAGAUCUUUGCAACAACUGGAGAUAAAAGCCAAGGUGGAACUCACAUAUUAUAUGAUCCCACACUUAGUGAGAAGGGUGCUCUUGUCUGUGUUGCACGUGCACCACGUAAAAAAUCCGUGGAUGAUUUUGAGGUGCAACCUGUCAUUCAUAAUCCUCAUGCCCUACCAUUGUUUAGAGAUCAGCCAAGCAGGAAGCGUCAGCGGGAGAAGAUAUUGAAGGAUCCUAUUAAGUCCCAUAAGCCUGAACUUCCAAUGACUGGACCAGGUUAUGGUGGAAGAGUUGGCGCAAGUAAAGGAAGCUUGUUAACCCAGUAUCUACUCAAGCAAGGGGGAAUGAUCAAGGAGACAUGGAUGGAGGAAGACCCAAGAGAAGCUAUAUUGAAGUAUGCCGACGUUGCUGCAAAAGAUCCCAAGUACAUUGCUCCAGCAUAUGCACAAACCCAGCCUGAAACGGUUUUUGAGAAGUCAGAUUCUGAGAAUGAAGAGAAAUAAUCUAUUUACCCGGGGCUGUUUGGUUUGCUACUUGCCACCUGGUAAUGGAUCUUAUGGUUUACAGGUGAGCCCCACUUCUCCGUCGUUCUGUAUUUAAGGUCAGCACCAGUAGAAGGCAGAAGCCAUAAUGAUAGCUUAUGGUUGGUGGCAUUGCAUUUAAUUAGAGAAUUCUGUGACUUUCUUCAAUGUUUCUAACCUCAGUGAUGGAUAUUGACAUGACAUGACUAAAAGUUUAUGCGACUAGUUCUUGAUCUUUAGAAUUGAUUUACUCUAGGUUUUUUUUACACGCUGCUAACAAAGCUUAAAUAGGUUGUACUUGAAAACAUUGCUCAAUUCGGAAAUUAUUGAGCUUGUGUUAUUUGAACACUCUCCUGCCCUGUAAUACUGCUGUUUAAAAUGUGUUCGAAUUGAAGAGGGUCUUGACAGAAUCAUACUGAUCAUUUGGAA